AUGGCGUGGGAUCACCUCUCCAUCACCAAGCCGCACUUGGUCUACAUCAUCCUCGGCGGCUUCACGACCCUGUUCAUGCUUUGCUCCUCCGUCAUCAAGGAGCGCAUGUACAUCGGCGAAGCCACCGUGGCCACUCUGUGCGGCAUCAUCUUCGGCCCCCAUGGCGCCAACCUCAUCGACCCGGAAUCAUGGGGCAGCGUCGACAUCACCACCCUCGAGUUCUCCCGCAUCGUCCUGGUCGUGCAGUGCUUCGCCGUCGGCGUCGAACUGCCCAAGUACUACAUGGAGAAGCACUGGAAAUCCGUCACAUACCUUCUGGUGCCCGUCAUGACGUUCGGCUGGCUUAUCACCAGUCUGUUCGUCUGGUGGCUCAUUGAGCCGCUGAACUUCCUCGAGAGCCUCGUCGUGGCCGCCUGUAUCACGGCCACAGACCCCGUUCUCGCCUCAUCCGUCGUGGGCAAGGGGAAGUUUGCUAAGAGGGUCCCCAAGCACCUGCGCGACCUGCUCUCGGCCGAGUCGGGCUGCAACGACGGCAUGGCCUUCCCCUUCAUCUACCUGUCCCUGUAUCUCAUCCUUGACAAACAGAGCGCCAAGAACGUCUCGUUCCACUGGAUAGUCUACACCAUCCUGUACGAGUGUGUCUUCGGUGCCGUGUAUGGCUUCGUCAUCGGCUACCUCGCCCGCCACGGCAUCAAGUACGCCGAGAAGCGCGAGCUCAUCGACAGGGAGAGCUUCCUCGUCUUCUACUUCGUGCUGGCCUUGUUCUGCGCCGGGUCCGGCAGCAUCCUCGGCCUCGACGAUCUCCUUGUCGGCUUCGCUGCUGGCGUCGGCUUCUCCAACGACGGCUGGUUCACCCAGAAGACGGAAGAGUCCCACGUCUCCAACGUCAUCGACUUGUUGCUCAAUCUGGCCUACUUUGUCUACUUUGGCACCAUCAUACCGUGGAACGAGUUCAACGACGCCGCCAUUGGCCUGCAGGCCUGGCGACUCGCCGUCCUCGCCAUCUUCGUCAUUCUCUUCCGCCGGAUUCCCAUCAUGCUCGCCCUGAAGCCCGUCAUUCCCGACAUCAAAACAUGGCGCGAAGCCCUCUUCGCUGGUCACUUCGGGCCCAUCGGAGUCGGUGCCAUCUUCGUCGCAAUGCUCGCACGGGGAGAGUUGGAGCACCAUGACACCGUCCCUCUUCCGGAGCUGCCACCGCCCGGCUCCGAGCACUAUACGGUGAUUGUGCUUGUUUGGCCCAUUGUUGCAUUCAUUGUAGUCGCCUCCAUCAUUGUCCACGGCUCUUCGAUUGCCGUCUUCACGCUGGGCAAGCACAUCAACACUUUGACCAUCACCAUGUCGUACACGCAGGCCAACGAGGAUGGCCCUACUUGGAUGAAUCGGCUGCCUCGUAUUUCGUCGCAGUCGCGCUCGCAGGCAAGGACCAUGUCCGAUACGGAGGUUGACGAGAUGAAACUGCCCGAGUUUCCGCCGGGGACCCUGCCGCCCGUCGGCCUCCCUGGAAAUUUCCUGCGCCGUCAGAGGGAGGAGGAUAACAGCAGACAGGGAAGUAGGUCGUCCUCGUUGGCUGCACGACGCCGGAAGAAGAAGUGGGAUGAUGGCAUCGGACCAGGCGGCCCCAUCAGCCAGUCAGCCAUUUUCCCUCAGCGCCGCAGCCAAAGCGCACCUCUCUCACCCGAACUCCUACGCGGCAGCACCGAUCAACCCCAACCAGAUGAGACACCGAUAUCACCGACUGGGCCUGUGACACCUGGCAUUAUUAACGAAAAGGAGCCGGACCAGCAGUCCUCCGCCGAGGCAUCCAUAAAGUCAGCCGCUCCCGCCGAGGCUCCUCCCGCUCCCCCCAGCGAGGAACGAAGGGGACCCGUCGAGGUUUACGAUGAGGGCGAUAAUAUCAUCACUGAAAACCGCGAGGGCGACGUGCUUGCGGUUUCCCCGACGCACACUAGAGAAAACGUUACGGACCAGGCCAAGGAACUUGCGUGCAAGUUGAAAUCGGAAGCGGGGCCUUCUGGCUGGACUUAUGAUUCCUUGAAGAAGAGAGUGAUGCACUGGCGUGAGGCAGAGCUGGCGAAGAGGAAAGAAGGGAGCAAGCCAGCGAGGAAAGGAGCACCGGCCCGGGCGUUUCAGUUCGGCAACACGAUCAUUGUGGAGAACGAAGACGGCGAGGUUAUCAAGAAAUACGACUUGCCAACGCAGAAACCUCAACCUGAUUGGAAGCCUCAAGGUCUGAAGUACAUGGGCAUGGGUGUCUUCGCCAAGACAGCGGAGACUGGCGAACCGUCGACGGCUGGCGAGUCCUCGGCACGGAAGCCGCGUAAGAAGACCGCUGAGCAAGACGAGGAAGACGACAGGCACAUCCGGUUCACCAUCGGCGGCGUUGGCCGGCGGCUGACCAAGGAGGAUUUCAUCCAUGAGCUACGGAAACUCGACAAGCCCACGCGCCGUGAUGUUCUGGACAAGUCGGACGCAUCGCAAGGCCUUAAGGAGGUCGCCAAGCUCGACGCUGAGCCGCAAACCGCUGAGACCCCGGGCUUGUCGACGACUGUCAGCAGAAAAGACUACGCUCUUGCCCCGACGUCUGCCGCCGCAGCGCCAGAGCCGGAAGCGACUGGCAGCCAGGCCGCAUCGAGGUCGUCUUCCCCGAAGAAGGCGACGUCACCGACCGAGAAGGCGAGGGGCGGGGACUUGCCGGAGACGGAGGUGGAGCGCAGGCGGCGCCUGGCAGCUUUGCAGGGUGUGGCUGGCGGUGGCGGUGGUGAUGACGAUGACGACGAGCACGCCGAGACGGCUGCGGAACGGCGCCGUAGAGAGGCUGCCCUGGGCAUGGCGCCGCACGGGGACGGGGAGGAUAGUGACGAUGACGAUACCCCGAGAGUGCCGCCUUCGAGAUCGAUUCGGUUUGCGGAUGUCCCUGAUCGGGGGAGGUCGUUGGAGUGA